GUACAGAAACCAUUAGAGAAAAGAAAACCAAUAAAAAACAACUAACUUGGAGUAAUGAAGUGGAAGAAAUGAUUACACAAGAUAUACAAACUGAUAUAAGCAUUAAAGAUAGAAAUACUCAAGAAAAUGAACAAAGUAAGGACUCUCCUGUCACAUUUACAGUAGCAAGAAUAGAUGAUUCAAAUGUAGAAAUGGAGGAAUCAGGUACCAGCAGCCGGACAAGAUCUGAAUCCAGUAGGCAAUAG